AUGAAAAAUGACCUAGGACAAUUAGAUGUCUCCACAGAGAAAAAACACAAACAGAUUGAAAGUCUGCCUGUAUAUGUGGAAAAACAUAUAAAUAGUAUGGAUAAUGGAUUUGUAAAUGAAGUAUUCAACCAGCAGAAGGUAUUUAAUUUUGAAAAGUUUAACAUGAAGAGUGAUUUAAUUAAUAAACCAGUAGACAGAUUCCACUAUGGUAAAUGUACCUGCUUAAGCAAUGUGGACAAAACUUCAGUUGAUCACUUGACAUAUACUCUUAAAGAAACUGAAAAGUCUUGUAAUGGUAUCAGCACUUUACCUCAAGAUACUGAUGCUUUCUGUGAUGAAAUUGCAGAGGUGAGAGAAGCAGUUGUCAGCAUUAUGGCUAAUAAUUCAGAUGAAUUAGUGGGUCAAAGUACAAACUGUGGUGAAUCCAGACACAAUUUACCUGCUUCACAGAAUGCAAUGGAGGAACCCAGCUGUUCACACAGAAAUUAUUCCAGUUCUCAAGUGGUUAUCUUCCAGCUGAAGGGUGGUGCUCAUAUACUCUGUGUAAACAGUGCUGACACAAUGAAAACUGUUCAUCUGAUCCCCCAGUUUCAAGAUCAGCAAAAAUAUCUUCAGCCAGAUUCAACUAACUCUGUGACAUCUGUACUGGGACAGUUUUUACCAGUUGGAGGGAAGAUGAAUAAUUGUGCGCAAGAGAGCAUUGAUUUCACUUUUAAUUUACAAUUAUUUAGGUUGCCUUUCAGUUCCUGGGACACAAAGUCUAAAAAGCCAUGCAACUGUACAAAAUCACAGUGUCUUAAAUUAUACUGUGAUUGUUUUGCCAGUGGUGAUUUCUGCAACAACUGCAACUGCAAUAAUUGUUAUAACAGUCCACAGCAUGACAUAGAACGGUUUAAAGCAAUUAAGGCUUGUCUUGACAGAAACCCAGAAGCUUUCCUGCCAAAGAUUGGAAAAGGGAAAAUGGGGGAUAUUAAGCCUCGACAUAAUAAAGGAUGUAACUGUAAGCGUUCAGGGUGCCUGAAGAACUAUUGUGAAUGCUUUGAGGCUAAAAUUAUGUGUUCAUCUAUCUGCAAAUGCGUUGGUUGUAAAAAUUAUGAAGAAAGCCCAGAUCGAAAAACUCUAAUGAAUAUGCCAAACCAUAUGGAGAUUAGAAGUAAUGAAGGAAAUGACUCUGUAUCAUUUUCUACCUCUGAAAUAUUAGCAAAACCCAGAAAUGACAGUAGGCAGUCUACUACAUGUAUAUCAUGGGAAGUGGUUGAGGCAACAUGUGCCUGUCUCCUGGCUCAAGCUGAAGAGGCAGAAAAAGAAUCUUACUCUGUUUGCCUGGCUGAACAAAUGAUCUUAGAAGAAUUUGGGAGAUGUUUAUCACAGAUUCUACACUCUGAAUUUAAAUCCAAAGGGCUAAAAGUUGAAUAA